AUGGCUGCUCGUCGUAGAGUUCGAACUCUUGAAGAUUUGAAUGAAGACUACAAUGGUGGGGGUUGCACGUUCGAACAAUUUAAUCGAACACAUCCUCCCACCUUUGAUGGAAGAGGUAAUGCGAACGCUGCGGAAGAUUGGAUACAAGACAUUGAAGAAAUAUUUGGUGUUUUGGAUUGUACCGAUCAGCAAAAAGUCAAGUUCGCAGCAUUCAAGCUAUCUGGAGAAGCAAAGAGAUGGUGGAAUUCUGAGAAAGUUAUCAGGGAAGCUGAGGGGAUUGGGGUAAUUGUUUGGGCUCAAUUCAAACAGAGUUUCUUCGAUCGAUUUUUCCCUAAGGCCGAUAGGGAUGCAAGAGCCCGAGAGUUCACCAAUUUGGUGCAAGGGACCAAGACUGUGCGCCAGUAUGCUGCAAGGUUUGCAGAAUUAUCACGUUUUGCUGCAUACUUGAUUCCCGAUGAGGAGAAAAAGACUAGGAAGUUUGAAGAAGGUUUGAACUACAGGAUCUAUGAGCGGGUGAUGGUCUUACAGAUUCCGAAUUUUUCAGAAUUAGUGCACAAGGCGACGCUAGUUGAACAGAAUCUUAAGAGGGGUGCUGAAUUGCAAGAACAGAGGAAGAGAGCGGCUCCGCAAGGGUUUCCUAGUUCGGAUCAAGGGCAAUGGAAAAAGAAAAAUGAGGGGAGCAGUUCGAGUCAGAGACAGAUGCAGGGAAAUCUUACACCUAACCCCUGUAAGUUCUGUAACCGCAUACACCGUGGGGAGUGCAGGAAGGAAGUGGGAUCAUGUUUCAAAUGCGGUAAAGAUGGGCAUUUCAUUAGAGAAUGUCCAUUGCUUGCGGAGAACAAUAGAAGGCCCAACCCACCCCAAAACUUCAGGCCGAAUAGUCAAGGCAACAAUCAGCGGAGGACGGUACCUGCUCGGGUGUUUGCUUUGACACCGGGAGAAGCUGAGGACAAGGAGGAUGUCAUCACAGGAAUUAUUCCCUUAUUUCUCAAUAAGGCCACUGUUUUAUUUGACUCGGGGGCUACCCACUCCUUUAUUUCAAUGGAUUAUGUUAAAUUGUGCCCCAUUGAUGCUGAUGAGAUGGACUACAAUUUGAGGGUCUCUACCCCAACUGGUGAUAUAGUGACUUGUAACAAGAUUUUACUCAAGUGUCCUAUAACUAUUAGUGGGAAGGAAAUGCCAGCUAACCUGAUAAUCUUUCCUAUUACUGGGUUUGAUGUGAUUUUGGGAAUGGAUUGGUUAGCUUCCAGUUAUGCUAGUAUUGACUGUUUUAGAAGAGAAGUAGUGUUCAAGUUUCUGGAAGAUGAGGAACUUCGAUUUAUGGGUUCCAAGGUGCGUAUCCCUCCAUCAGUUAUUUCUGCUUUUCAGAAGUUUUUCCUGAAGAUUUGUCUGGAUUACCGCCUGAACGGGAGGUAG